AUGUCCGACGAAGAAAAGCGCGUGGACUCUCUCAAAGACGUCUCUGUCGACGAGUCGUACGAACCUAAGGAAGCAGAAACCGUCGCUGUGGGCUUGAGUUUUGUCAACAGACUCGCUGCCAAAUUGAACGCAGAGACGAAGGGUGUGGAGUUGGUGCUCGAUGAGGAGAAGACCGAGACGUCGUUCUCCAACGCGGCCACCAUGUGGUUGUCGGCCAACAUGGUGAUUGCGACGUUUUCGCUUGGAGCGCUCGGUAUCACGGUGUUCGGGUUGUCGAUGUUCCAGUGUAUCAUGUGUAUUGUGUUUUUCAAUGCGCUCGGUGCGAUGCCCGUGGCGUUCUUUUCCAUUUUCGGUGUCAAGUUGGGUCUCCGUCAGAUGAUCUUGUCGAAGUUCUUGGUGGGAGACUACGGUAUGAGGAUCUUUGCAUUUAUUAACAUGAUUGCCUGUGUCGGUUGGGGUGCGGUGAACAUCAUGGUGUCUGCGCAGUUGCUUAACAUUGUCAACAACGGUGCCUUGCCUCCUUGGGCGGGCUGCUUGAUCUUGGUGGCCUGUACCAUUGUGGUGUCGUUUUUCGGCUACAAUGUGAUCCACACCUAUGAGAAGUGGUCGUGGAUUCCUAACUUGGUGUGUUUCAUUGCUAUCAUCGCCAGAAUGGCCAUUUCGAAGCAAUUCACUUGGGGCGAGACCGUGGGCGGCCAAACAACCGCCGGUAACGUGUUGUCCUUUGGUGGUGCCAUCUUCGGUUUCGCUACUGGCUGGACCACCUACGCUUCGGACUACACCGUGUACCAACCCAGAAACGCCAACUGCGUGAAGAUUUUCUUCGGCAUUUUCGGCGGUUUGCUCCUUCCUUUGAUCUUCACCAUGACCUUGGGUGCUGCCUGUGCUACCGGUACCUUGACCAACACUGACUGGGCCGACCAGUACAAGGAGCACAGCAUUGGUGGCUUGGUUUUCUCCAUCCUUGUGACCGACUCCUUGCACGGCUUUGGCCAGUUCUUGUGUGUGCUUCUCGCCUUGUCCACGGUCGCCAACAACAUCCCUAACAUGUACUCUGCCAGUUUGAGUGCGCAAGCGUUCUGGUCGCCCUUGAGAAAGAUCCCCAGAGUGUUCUGGACCAUUUUCGGCAACUUCGUCACCUUGGCCAUCUGCAUCCCUGCCUACUACAAGUUCGAGGAGGUCAUGGAGAACUUCAUGAACUUGAUUGGUUACUACUUGGCCAUCUACGAGUCCAUGUCCUUGUCGGAGCACUUCAUCUGGAACAAGGGCAACUUCGCCGCCUACGACUACCUCAACUUCCACGACAAGAGAUCGUACCCGGUCGGAUACGCCGGUGUGUUCGGCUUCUGCUGCGGUGUCGCCGGUGUCGUGUUGUGCAUGAACCAAGUCUGGUACCACGGUGUCAUUGCUAGAAAAAUCGGAGAGUUUGGAGGAGACAUUGGUUUCGAGGCUGGUGCCGCUUUUGCAGCCGUCGGUUUCAACACCGUCAGAUUCUUCGAAAAGAAGUACGUUGGCCGCUAA